AAGACAAUGUAAAUAAAUAUGGCGUCGCAAUAUUUGAGGAGGUGAAGAACUGCUCCCAAAAUCCGAUUCAUCCCCGCUUUAGGAAAUUAUAAAUAGUUUAUUUACUCCCAACUAGGGAUAGCUAGAUGUCAGUGUAUAUCGUCUAGGGUGUUUUGGUGAGAUUUGAGGCAGGCGAGCCGGGAUGGAGCUCCGAGUUGGUAACAAGUACCGACUGGGUCGGAAGAUUGGAAGUGGCUCAUUUGGUGACAUUUACUUAGGGACUAACAUUGGGACCGCUGAGGAGGUGGCCAUCAAAUUAGAAUGUGUCAAAACGAAACAUCCCCAGCUCCAUAUAGAGAGCAAGUUUUACCGUAUGAUGCAGGGUGGUGUUGGUAUCCCUUCCAUCAAAUGGUGCGGUGCAGAGGGGGACUACAACGUAAUGGUGAUGGAGCUCCUAGGCCCCAGUCUAGAAGACCUCUUCAAUUUCUGCUCGCGGCAAUUCGGCUUAAAGACAGUGCUACUAUUAGCUGAUCAAUUGAUCAGCCGUGUUGAAUAUGUACAUAACAAGAACUUUAUCCAUCGGGACAUCAAGCCAGACAACUUCCUCAUGGGUCUGGGCAAGAAGGGCAACCUGGUCUACAUCAUUGACUUUGGCCUGGCCAAGAAGUACAGAGACAUCCACACACAUCAACACAUACCCUACAGGGAGAAUAAGAACCUGACUGGAACAGCAAGAUACGCCAGUAUUAAUACACAUUUAGGCAUAGAACAAAGCCGGCGAGAUGAUUUAGAAUCGCUGGGCUACAUGUUGAUGUACUUCAACCUGGGCAGUCUACCAUGGCAGGGCUUGAAGGCGGCCACUAAGAGACAAAAGUACGAAAAGAUCAGUGAGAAGAAGAUGUCCACAGCCAUUGAGACACUCUGCGCUAGCUUUCCAUCGGAAUUUGCCACGUACCUGAAUUACACAAGAUCGCUACGAUUCGACGAGAAACCCGACUACUCCUUUCUUCGACAGCUUUUCCGCAAUCUCUUCCACAGGCAAGGCUUCACCUAUGACUAUAUCUUCGACUGGAAUCUUCUGAAAAUAAGCACCGGCAAACCUCACGAUGAGGAACGCGACAGGCGAGGGGACGACCGGGACAGACAAGGUGUGCUUCAUCACCCGCGUAGCUCUACCACAAGAGCAGUAGCCACGACGGCAGCCACCAGCCGGAUCAAAGCCACUGAAGGGCCACCUCAAGGGCUUGGAGCAGGUGCCAAUCCUACAUCACCCCGUCCAACAUCUCGAGCCGACGCCCAACGCUCAGUCAGCCGACGCCUACACCGGGGCAUGGCACCCCAAGUGAUGUCGGGACCGGAGCCCGUACGACGGGAUAUGGGCGUCGGCCGCCUCACAACUCCGUAUUCUGCAAUCAACGGCGGUAUCAACAGCGGGAUGGGAUCCAAACCCAACGAGCUCUCCAGAGAAGAUGGGGUCCCAAGGACAGCCUCGUCUCGAUACCUCCGGAAAUGACGGUCACGUUGGUGCUCUGUUAAACGUGUAAAUGAGAACUCUGAAAGGGUAAUGCAAUAGGACAUGCCGAUUAACUAAACAAAACAAAAACGAUCAUGCGAGAGGAGAAAAUUCACCGUGAUUUGCGUGAGAUGAUUUUUUUUCUAAGAACAACAACGCCUUGACACUGGACGACUGCGAAAAAGAAAACAAGCUGGUAACCACUGAAUGGCAACUGGACACGUUCAUCAGCAGGGUACCGAGCGAUUUCACGUGUGACAAGCAUUAACGGAUGACUUCCUCAGGCAUAACGCAAAGGUUCGCUUGAAAUGAACAUUUUUGGGAAAUGAACACAAAUCAACAACAGAUUGACUUUCUGUUCUGUUGACGGAAUUUGAUUUUAGAAUGCAGGCAUAGUCAACAGAAAUCACGCAUGGACUGUUUCUUCGAGAGAGUACGGAUAUAUCUAUACAUACAAAAAGUUGGAAGAUAAAUACAUGUAUAUCAGUCUUGAAUGGUUUUAUUGUAAACUGGGACGCGCCGCUAAAACCCUACGCUCCGCUUUUUGUUUUCUAAAACUUUAUUCUGGUCUGGUGUCAUAAUAUGAUGAAAUGUUCUGUAAUUUGUUGGUCAGUAUUUAAAUCGUUCUUAAGGUGCACACUCCCACUAAGCUAUUCCGAAACUUGUAAAUUUUGUUUUCCUUUAAAACUAAAUUUGCACCCCAAAAAACUGGAUGUAUUUUUCUGGCUAAAUCAUUGGGACUGCAUGCAGUUUAGGCAUUAUACUUGCUGUCGUAUUUUCAUGUUAGCGCAAGAAAAACAUAAUCUGAGAGAACAACGAUCUAUGUUCGCAAAUCUGUUUCAUUCCAAAUAUACACUUUUGGCGAAAUGUGCUGGGUAUAUCACACGGAAGAGGCUGGUCCAGAUGUGUCACUGUAGCGAUAGCCGUAGACUCGAUACAGAAACGGCCUAGCUCUCAAAAAUAUGACUUACAUGUAACUUGCACAUUAUUUACUGGGCGAGUAUGAUCUGGGUUUUAAAAGCAUGGUUGGAGUGGAGUGUAACUUGGAUGAUCAAAUUGACGCCAAACCUAUUUGAAUCCUUUGCAGCAGCGUUGUUUAUAAGCUCCUUGAGGAGAAAUUGUCUGUCGGUAAAAAAUAAGAAUAUGAUGAAUAUGUAUCCUCCAAAGUUAAAUAGUUAUGUUUUGUGCUACCUUGGUUUGUAUAAAUGAAUAGUGGGGAGUCUGUGUGCUAGGGCAAUCCACCGCUUUGUUAGAGUAACCAUUGAGCCAAAGACAAGCAGUUGGUCAGUCGUAUGGUAAUGGUAAGGCAAAGAGACAACAGAGGUACGUCUGUGUCAAGUUUGGCUACCCUGUUGUCAAUAUUGUAAUAAGACCCUUUUGGUAUGUGUUUUUGCGAGGUUUUUGGUGACUGGCAGAAAACUAGUACUGCUAAGCAGGAACCAGGAACUGUUAAGCAGGAACCUGGAACUGCUAAGCAGGAACCUGGAACUGCUAAGCAGGAACCAGUGAUAUGGGGAAAAACUGAAUAUAGGAACCUUUGUAUGGCAGUGAAAUCAGGGCCAAAUUUUAUAAAGCUGUUAUAAAAAAAUUGUUUUGCUGAGCAAAAAUUGAGUGGAGCACCAGUUGCAACAAACAAUGUAAACUUUCAGUUUCUGCAAAGCAAGGUUUAUCUGUGCUUAGUAAUUUGUUGUGAAGUGAGCCGUGAUCGCUGCUUGCCCAAUAAAUGAAGGUCUAAACUAAGGGGAAAUUGGAGUUUUGUUUUUGGAAAAUUACUACAUGUAAGUUAGAUUUGUGACUCUGCCAAAACGGGUUUAAUAUUCUGCAACUUGUUACUUUUCUUUUAGCUUCUCUAAAAUGAUGGGGUAUUAGUGUUUUGUAGGUUUAAUGCGCACCAAUACUUACUGUAACACUGCUGUUGGCAGAGGGGGUAUUUUCCCCACCUGGGCCCAAUUUUAUGGCUCUGCUUACCCUAAGCAAAGAAUCAAUGUUUUCGGAAGCAGGGAAUUCUGCCUGCUUACAUCAUGUGUAUUUCCCAGGUUGGCGGGUAAAUUUUGCUUGUGCAGAAUCCAUGUUUUUGGGCAUUUACCGCUUACACAGCUAGCACAGAAAUUCUGUGCCUGUAUAGUGAGCGGAGAAUGGUGUUCACAAGUGCAGAAUUUCGCGCUAAGCAGAGCCAUGAAAUUGGGCCCUGUUUGUUUCUUACCCACAUCAUCUGAUGUCAUGCUGUGUCCAAGUUAACAGUGGCUAUGGCUUCAGUGCCCCAAAACUCCUAUUCUCCAGUGUUGAUGUUUCAGCCAACCGCUGUAGACGUAGCCAAAGUCACUUGACUUAUCUGCAACAACAAUCUUGAGAAAGUCAACAGGGACCAAGUUCAUAGAGCUGCUUAAGCACAAAACAUGAUAAG